UUUUUUUUGCUAUAGAGGUGUUGGCGUUUAUUUUUUUAAAAUUUUCCCAAUUUUUUAUAAACAAAUACAGAUUUUUUUCUAAAGAAAAUGCCCCAAACGUGUUAAAUACUUAAUUUUUGAUAGAAAAACAAUCUUAAACAAUUUACGACCAUGGCAUUUUUGAAUGAUUGUAUUAUAGUGUUUGUCUCCCAGGUUUUAUUUUUUGCUGGCGGCUGGAUUUUCUUUGUUAAACAAUUGUUUAAGAACUAUGAAAUUCGUCACAUUUCAGUGCAGUUAAUAUUUUCGGUGACAUUUGCCCUGUCCCUCACCAUGUUCGAACUGAUUAUUUUUGAGAUUUUGGGUGUCUUAGACUCUAGUUCCCGCUAUUUUCAUUGGCGUUUGGGCUUGACCUCAUUGUUGCUGAUGAUAAUUGCAGUUAUUCCUUUAUAUAUUUGUUAUUCCGUUAUACAUAGUAUAUCGUUUGUUUCCGAAAAAUGGGUACGCAUUAUGACCACUUGUUGCUGGUUUAUAUUCCUCUAUGGUCUGUGGCGUAUAGGAGAACCUUUUCCCUUAUUAAGUGCCUCCAAUGGCAUUUUAACCAUUGAACAAGGGGUAUCACGCAUAAGUGUUAUAGGUGUAACCGUAAUGGCAAUUUUAUCUGGAUUUGGUGCUGUCAAUUGUCCCUAUCAAAGCAUGACUUAUUUCAUAAGGCCAGUAUCACAAAGUGAUGUUAUUAACUUGGAAAGAAGAUUGCUCUUAACCGUCGACAUGAUUACGGGUAAAAAGAAGCGUGUUGCUUUGGAAAUGCAUAGACGUAAUAAAACCAAUCAAACUAGACCCAGGCUAUGGAAUAUAUUAAGCUCGGCUGUUAAUAGAGUAGAUUCAGGAGGAGAGAAUAUCAAUCAAUUGCGCAUGGAAAUCUAUGGUUUGGAAGAGUUGUUAAGACAACUUUUCUUAGAAAUCAACUAUUUAAAAAAUAUGCAAGAACGUCAAAAAUGGUCACAAACCUUGCAGGGCAAAUAUUUCAAUGUUAUAGGCCAUUUCUUUAGUGUCUAUUGUUUGUGGAAAAUAUUUAUAUGUUGUGUUAAUAUAAUCUUUGAUAGAGUGGGACGCAAAGAUCCCGUUACCAGAGGCUUGGAAAUAGCAGUGCAUUGGUGUGGUUUUGAUAUAGAUUUGGCAUUUUGGAAUCAACAUAUUUCCUUUUUAUUAGUAGGCUGUAUGGUGGUUACCUCUAUAAGAGGUUUAUUAUUAACUUUAACUAAGUUUUUCUAUCGCAUUUCCUCUAGCAAAUCUUCCAAUAUUAUAGUCUUAAUUUUAGCCCAAAUAAUGGGCAUGUACUUUUGUUCUUCUGUCCUGCUAAUGCGCAUGAAUUUACCAGCUGAAUAUCGUGUUAUUAUAACCGAAGUUUUAGGUAAUUUACAUUUUAAUUUCUAUCAUCGUUGGUUUGAUGUUAUAUUCCUGGUUAGCGCCUUAUCCACCAUUGUUGUAUUGUAUUUAUCCCAAAAACCCUGGAAUUAUGGUGAUUCCUCUUUAGAUUAGUUUAUUUUUUUAUAUAGUUCUCUAUAUAAAAAGUAUUUUAUUAUACUAUUCUUAUGUGUUAUGUGUAUAUUAUAUUAACACUUUAAAGAUCAUAUUCUGUGUUAGAAUAUUUUCUUUUAAAUGCUUUAAAAAAAGACUUGUUUUCUUUUCCUAUCUGCCUUUCUUUUGUAUAACUAUAUAUGGCUCUCUUUGUAUAGCAAUUAUAAUUAUUAAAAAAAAUAUAUAUUCAUUGUAAAAUAUUUAAUUAUAUUUUAUGCACAAUUUCUAAUUUAAUUACUCUAUUUAUAUAUUUA